AUGAAGAGCAGAUUAAAGAGCUACAAGAGGAAGAAGCUAGGGUUAGCCACAGUUAUCAUCUUCUGUCCUCUCUGUUUCCUCAUCGGUUUCUACGGAUCCACUCUACUUUCCCAGAAUGUUCCUGGAGUUAGACCCAGGUUGAGAAUGUUGGAGAUGGUGGAAAAUGGAGAAGAAGAUGCUGGUUUGAUGCCUCAUGGUGUUACUGGAGAAGAAUCUGUUGGAUCGAUUCCGUUUCAGGUACUGAGUUGGAAACCGAGGGCGAUAUAUUUUCCGAAUUUCGCAAGUGCAGAACAAUGUCAAGCUAUUAUUGAGAGAGCAAAGAUUAAUCUGAAACCUUCUGCUUUGGCUCUAAGGAAAGGAGAAACUGCUGAGAGCACUAAGGGCACUAGAACAAGCUCAGGAACUUUUGUCAGUGCUUCAGAAGAGAGUACUGGUGCUUUGGAUUUUGUCGAAAAGAAAAUUGCAAGGGCUACGAUGAUCCCAAGGACACAUGGAGAGUCAUUCAAUAUUUUACGGUAUGAACUUGGCCAAAAGUAUGAUUCCCACUAUGAUGUUUUCAACCCAACCGAGUACGGUCCACAAUCUAGCCAAAGGAUUGCUUCCUUCUUGCUGUACUUAUCUGAUGUUGAAGAAGGCGGUGAAACCAUGUUCCCAUUUGAGAAUGGUGCUAAUAUGGGCAUUGGAUAUGAUUACAAGACAUGUAUCGGGCUAAAAGUAAAGCCUCGGAAAGGAGAUGGACUUCUCUUCUAUUCGGUGUUUCCAAAUGGAACGAUUGAUCAGAUUGUACCACCAGAGCUAAUAGUACUUCUUUUCGCCUAUGGUUUGCUUAUGCAGACUUCGCUUCACGGAAGCUGCCCAGUAACCAAAGGAGAGAAAUGGGUAGCGACCAAAUGGAUCAGAGACCAAGAACAACAAGACUAA